CUCCGCCCCGAGGCAGCUCCCACGCGGGACUCUCGCACUCCAAGCUAGAGACCCUGGGCUCCGACAUGUCACCGUCCAGUUGUUUGCGUCUGCUCACCUUUGUCGCCCUGAUUCUGCCCAGCAGAGGGCAGACGCCAGCAAAGGCCACACCAGGUUCUGCGAUGGACCAGAAUUCCGCGAAUACUCCAGUCCCAGUUCCAGAUGAAACCAUCCCAGAAGUCCAGCCUACCCCUCCCAUUUCCAUCUGGGACACUGAUGAAGCCACACAAAGCCAGACAGAGGCCAAAACCGAGAUCCAGCAACCGACAGGAAUGGACACCAUGAACCCGGCUGCACAGCCAGGGACACACACGAGCAGAGAGAAAGGUACCACAGCACCCCCUGAGAUGGGGUCUCCAAGCCCAACCAAAGAUGAAGUGUGGUUCUACUUACCCAAUUUACACGCCUCGAAUGAGAACAACCCCUUCUACUACGAUGAUUUCACUCUCAGGAAGCGGGGACUCCUGGUGGCAGCAGUGCUGUUCAUCACCGGCAUUAUCAUUCUCACCAGUGGGAAGUGUAGACAGUUGUCCCGAGUAUGCCUGAAUCGCCACAGGUGAGUGGGGACUGACACCCCGAUGGGCAGCCCAGCUGGAACCUCCAUGCCACAGCAGCUCACCACCCCCUGCGCCUCCCUCUGCCCCAAGAGCCUACAGAGUGGCCAACACAAAAUGAUUCUCAAAGGAAGAGGCCACUGGAGGGAGCCAGGCCUUAGACUGGUGGCCUCCCCACCCUGAGGGUGGCUCCCCAGGCAUGCCCUGCCCUGCCCCCUAUCUAAUCUGUUCAGAUAAAUCCAAGUGGUUUUUCUUC